AUGGAUUUGGAAUUCGACGACUUUUCCUACUACUCCACUCGGCUGCUAUUGGCCGACGUGUUGGAUGACGUCUACGUAGAAAUGGCCAAGACGCAGUCGGCCAAAAGCCGGUUCAUGUUCACUCGCGACCUGCUUCGUAAGCACAACAUGCUCGACUCGUCGUUGGAUACCGACAAAUUUUUUGAGUACGAACAUCCCACCGUUUCGGAGAGCUACCGACAAAGGGGCAACGAGUUCUUCAAGGCCAAGAUGUACGACGAGGCCGUCGACAUGUACACCAAGAGUUUGAAGAGCUGCAAACCGACCACCGAGUGUAACGCGCUCGCUGUGGCUAACCGAUCGGCCGCGCACUUCCGCAUGGGCAAGUACGACCUUUGCCUGAAGGGCUUGCGCGUUGUCAUGUGGGCCAAUUACCCGUCAAAACUCGCGUACAAGCUGUACGAGCGGGCCGGGAACGCGGAACGCAAGUUGGGUCUCAUCGAAAGCGCGAAGGAGAGCUACGCCGAGUGUCUGACACGACUGGACGAGGCGGACAUGUCUGCGGAGAACAAGCUCAAGUUCAGGGCGGCGGUGGAAAUUGCAGCGACAGAGUGCGACCAACUGUUGACCUACCAGAAAAGGACGAUGAAAACGCCUCCCGUCGAGCAGCUGGUCGGUGGAAGAAAUGAAAAUAUCCCUGCACUAUCGGCCUUUGUCGAACUGAAAAUGUCCGAGAAUAUGGGACGAGGUGUUUACGCCACCCGCGACAUUAACCCCGGUGAUGUUGUGGCCAUAGACGAACCUUACAUUUCUGUGCCUUUUCAAGAUGAUUCAGAAGUUUGUAAUUAUAAUGGUUGCUUAAAGUUUGACUUUGCCCUUUUUCGCUGUCCAAAAUGUGUAAUGGUGUAUUACUGCAAUAAAGACUGUAUGAAUAAAGAUUACGAAGAUGGACAUCAUUUGGUAUGUCCAAUUAUUUGUUUCAUCAAAUCAACACCAGGAAUAUCAAAAAUUAAUGAACUUGCUCUGAAGUGGUUUUUAAAAGACUAUUUAAAAAUGGGUCCAAAAAAAUAUUGUUCCAUAGUUGAUAACUUUUCUGAGUCUAAAACUGAUCCUAUAACAAGGGGUUUUAAUGAGAUUGGUCAAUAUAAGUCUGAUAAUUUUCUAACAGCUUAUUCUUUGGAUUGUAGUGAAAACAAGAUGCCAACACAUGUCUUGAUUUUUUUUAACUGUAUUGCUGUUGAUAUCUUGCAUUAUUUGACAUUAAGUGGAUUCAAAAUUCCAGAACGAUAUAUGGGUAGUGUGGGUGCUUCCUUGGUGCGUAUUCUAACUGUUUUAGAUUCAAAUGCCAGAAAGUUAAGUAUUAAUAACCCUUAUAUAUCUCAUCAAGAACUUACUUUUAUAUUAGCAUUUACUUUGUAUCCAACCAUUUCCUUGUUUAACCAUUCUUGUGAUGGAAAUAUUAAGCGGAGUGGAGUAAUAACUGAUAGAAUAAGAGUUAUAAAAGCAGUUCAACCAAUUCCCAAAGGAACUCAGUUGUGCUGUAAUUAUGGAAUAAUGUUUAAAGAAGAUGAUAAAGAAUUAAGGCAAAGGGUUUCCAAUGAUCGUUUUGACUUUAACUGCUACUGCGACCCUUGCAUAAAGAAUUGGCCAACAUUAAAGUUUAUACCAAAUCGCCUUUCUACAUUAAAUAUUCUAAACCCUAAAAUGGCAGAUACUGUGUCAUCCGAGUGCGAAAAGUUUGUGAAAUUUAAAAUGUCGGUGAAACCAGAGGAUCUUUGUCAGCAUUUAAAUUAUUUAUAUUCAUUUAUUAAACUUUUGUAUACUAAUGUAAAACGACCAUUUGCAUUAUAUGAGGAUUGUCUUGAAAUGAUAGGUGAUGCUCAUAUCAUUAAUAAGUUUUUGUGA